CUGCCCUGUGCCUUUCAGGUCCUCGAGUUCCUGGACUUGAGUGAACGCGGUGCUAAGAGAGUCCUGCAAAUCUUGUCAAGGCACCUGCGGAGCGAGUGCAGGGAGAGGCGUCGCCUGGCACUCAGGGCCCUUCUCGAGUUCACUGACGAGCCCUCCAUGACCAAAAAAAUGUGGAGCCUGACUGAAAGCCUUGUGGAGCUCCUGCAGGACACAGAUGGAGAGAUAGUUUGCAUGACGGUCAUGCUACUCAGCUUUAUUAUUUUGGACAAUGACACGCUGAUAGCCGGCCCCAUCACACUGCAGCUGGUUGAGGCGCUCCUGCCACUCUUUGACCACGACAAUAACCAGGUGCAGGUGCUCUCCAUACUCCUCUUCCGAACAUUGGUGACUCUUCCACAGAAAAAGGAAAAAAAGGCCCUGAAGACACCCCUGCGCCAGAGCCUGCUGCCACUCUUCUUCCACUGCCAUGAUGAGAAUCGGCUUGUGGCACAGGUUUCUCAGGAAACGCUGCUUUGUGUGGCCGAGUUCCUGAAGAGGAGGGAUCUUGAAAAACAGCUGAAGAACAAGAAGCUGUGGAAGUUCACCAAGUGCCUGCUGGCAGAGGACAGGAGCCGAGCAGCCGAGCACCUGCACCGGGCCCUGCCGUACCUGCGGAACCCACAGGAGUCCCUGCGAGCGGCGGCCAUCAGGUUCACGGCCCUUGAACACCUGGCAGAGGACAUCAGCAGUGCCGUGUCAGACGCGGCACUUCAAACAUUGGAUGUCCUCCGGGCAGUGCAGAGUAAGCGAUACUCUGUCUUCCAGAGGCUGCAGGAUCAGCUCUGCAGGGCAUGGAGGACACAGCCUCAUCUGUCGGGGCUGGGCUGCCUGCGCUGCUGGAGCCCUGCAGAGAGCUGA